ACAUCUACUUUUGACAAUAUUGAGCCAAACGAGGUAUCGAAGUGGGAAGUAGGCUUCACUUCUCCAACGCCAUUCUUGGACAAAGUAGCAGCAGGAACAGUAGAUUAAAAUUCCGGCCCACAAUCAAGGCCGGUGAAGGAUUAACCUGGGCUACUAGUACUUCGAUUGGAUGUGGGAGUUUUGGAGAAGGCAUAAGAGGAAGGUAUAUGUUACACUUGGAGUUGUUGGAAGUGGGUACCUUUUGUACAAGCUUUAUGACGGACACAGGCGACGUCUCUCUGAUCUUGAGAGGGAACUUGCGGAUGAAAGAAGAAAUGAGGAACUCAUUAGAUCCCAGGUUAAGGCACAUUUCGAGAACAUUCAAGGAAUUGCCGAUUCAACAACAUUGCCUCAUGUAAUGCGGAAUUUAAGAAAUCGAAUAGAAGAAGAAUUGGACCUUGCUCUCUUGACGGAGAGGUUGAUGAAAGGAAAAGACCAGCCAAAUACUCUAACAGCUGUAGAGAAGCUUGAGCUGUGGGAGAGACUCAAAAUUUUAACGUUUACCAGAAUUUUGUUGUCUCUUUGGGCCACCACAGUGCUAAGCUUGUAUAUUAGAGUUCAAGUCAACAUAUUAGGGAGACAUCUGUAUAUCGAUACUGCACGUGGCCUUGGAACCUCUUGUCAACUUGAUGAAGCUGAUCUAAUUGACAGAGAUGACGAGCAGCAGUUUCUAGCCAGUGCAGACUAUCUUACUAAUGUUGGCCUUCCUGCCUUGAUUUCAAGUUUUGAAACUGCAGCAUCUGAAGUUCUAAAAGGAAAACAGUUGAAGGAUUUCUUCAACACAACUUUACUGCAUGAUACUGUUCUGCGGAUAUUGGACACCUUCAUGAGCAUGGGAAGCCCUCAUCACUGGCUGGGCUUUUUGAUGCCAGAGCACUUUAAACUAUAUAACUCUGCAGCAACCUCUAGUAGUGGUAAUACAGAACCUUCUCCUUCAUCAAAAUUCGAACAACUUAUGCUGGAGGCACGGGCCGUUUUGUCAAGCUCUGAAUUUGAGAAUAUUCUGGACUUGUCACUUAAAACGGCAGUGGAUGUGAUGAUGGAAGACGUGACUGUCCUGUGCGGGGAAACCAAUUUAAAAUUAGGCAUUCCAUUAGCUAAACUUCUACCACGACUCGCUCAUAUGAGUCGUAUCCUGCUUGAAGAAUCCAAUCGGAACAGGUAUAUCCAAGUUGUCCAAGACAUGCCAGAAGUAGAAAUGUUCUUCACCUUGUUAUAUGCAAGCACACCGACUUCAUAGUGUAGGAGCAUUGUUGUACUUUUAUGUUAGCUUCAGCCCAGGCAUGGAUGUAAUAGAUUAUAUUAACUCUUUGUUAGUUUCUGUAAGGGAAAAGAAAAAAUAAGGAAGCUGAAGGUUUUUCUAGUGAAAUUUCAUUCUUUCUAAGUACCCACUGUAAUCUGUAUGCUGCUUAGUAUUAAUUUCUUAUACAACCUGAUUGUUUCAUCAGCUGAAUUAAUGGUUUAGACCCUCUA